UCUCUCUGUCUCUAUCCCCACUGGACAACUUUUAAAAACCCUUUCAAAUCAUUUGCUUUCUAACCACUAAAACAAAAUAUGGAUCACACUUUCUCUGAGAAUACCUCAGUCUAUGAGAACUUCACAGAUGACUGGACAUCAGAUGGAGGGGAAACGGUGCAUUUCAUCAUUCGAUGCGUUAUCCCGUCGGUCUACAUACUUAUCAUAACGGUUGGUUUACUGGGCAACAUUACUCUUGUGAAAAUAUUCAUCACUACCAGCGCGAUGCGAAGUGUACCAAACAUUUUCAUCUCCAGCCUGGCCGUUGGAGAUAUUUUGCUUUUGGUCACUUGUGUACCAGUGGACGCGUUCAGGUAUUUCUAUGAGGAGUGGAUUUUUGGAACGGUGGCUUGUAAGAUGAUCCCGGUGAUCCAGCUCACUUCGGUCGGAGUCUCCGUGUUCACUCUCACGGCACUGAGCGCAGACAGACACAAGGCUAUUGUGAAUCCCAUGGACAUCCAGACCUCCAGCGCCGUGUUCUGGACCUGCUUGAAGGCCAUCACUAUAUGGGUUGUCUCAGUGCUGCUGGCUAUCCCUGAGGCGGUCUUCUCGCAGGUGGUUCACAUGCCAGACAAGAACAUGACGUUCACCGCCUGUGUGCCGUAUCCACUCUCCAACGAGAUACAUCCCAAGAUUCACUCCAUUAUGAUAUUCCUCGUCUACUUCCUGAUUCCUCUGAGCAUUAUCUCUGUUUAUUACUACCACAUCGCGAAGACGCUUAUCAAGAGUGCUCACGAUAUGCCAGGUGAGAUUAGUGAGCACUCCAAAAGACAGACGGAAACAAGGAAGCGUCUAGCCAAGAUCGUUCUGGUGUUUGUGGGCCUCUUUGCGCUGUGCUGGUUCCCCAACCAUGUUCUCUACAUGUACCGCUCAUUCAACUAUCGGCAGAUCGACUCUUCGCUGUCACACCUCAUCAUCACGCUUGUGGCGCGCGUGUUGAGUUUCUCCAGCUCCUGCGUGAACCCGUUUGCCCUGUACCUGCUGAGUGAGAGCUUCCGAAGGCACUUCAACAACCAGCUGCUGUGCAGACAGCACAAAUACCAAGAGCGCAACACCAGCUACCUCCAGAGCACCUCUGCUAUCCGCAUGACCUCCAUCAGGAAGAGUACACCUGCUGUCACCAACGGACAUGGCCAAAAAACAGGAGUCUGCAUUUAGCAUCUGUUCUCCAAACCGAACAAAAUCUGAGAAUAAGUGUUGCUGGUGACUCACAUUUAGGUUCGACUGAAGCGUUUGGUGACCCAGCUGGGUGAACGGGCGGUUAUUGAAAGCCGAGGAAUUACUGUUGUAAAUAUUGCAUGCAGGUUUUUUCCAAUGGUUGCUUGAGCCCAAGAAUUAAAUUUGCUUUAUUUUUGAAACAAAAUUCUUAUUGCAAACAGAAAUGAAUGGAUAUCUUGCUGAUAAAGACUAAUUCUAUUUCUCCUCAACCAAAAGACAAUUUCUGCCUGUAUAAAAUAUUAGCUCUGUACAAAAGAUUUCCAUUACUGUAUAAUGGCAGGUUUGCUUUUUCAGCUCAAUCUUAUCAAAUUAUGAAAAUUCAACUUUAAUCGAUGGAAAGUGCAUUUAAAACAGUAAAUGAAUGGUUGGGAAAGCAGUUUUGAUUUCAACAGGAGGACAAGUGUAUUAUAGAGAUGCCACUGAAAUCAUAUACAUUGCAUAUGAUCACUUUCUAUUUCUCAGACAAUGACAAUAUAUUCAAUUUAGGAGCAACGGGAGACAUGGCUCUUCCCGGUGAAUGUUAAUGUCUACGAUGAUAGAUCAGAAGGAUUGCACACUCAAGGGUAAACUGUGGUGAUUAGAUUAAUAUAUGCAUAAACAGAUUAGGAUUCAACAUGAAUAUAAAUUUCUCAGACACGUUCCCCCUUACCUUCCGAUAUAUAAGUCAUAGGAACAUCAAGAUCAUCGUGGCACCAAUAACACAUGCUAAGUAUCAUUCUUAGAUUCACCAGCAAAUAUUAUCAUAUCGAUCACUGCAUUGCAGUACAUCAUCUUUAAAAAUCUUUGAAAUCAGUUUCUGUUUGGAGCGCCUGAUGUCUAUAUCUAAUGGAAUAAUCAUUCAGCCGUUAGGUGAAAAUAUUACCUAUAAAUGUAGCAAUUGUCAAUAGCUGCCGGACUGCAGGCAGUGCACCUUUGAGCCACAUUUGGAGCUUUUCAUAAGGUUCCUGAACCUGUAAAAAACAUCAUACCUUAACAUGACACGAUUUAGAGUUUAAAGAGGUUUUUGAGAUCUUGUGGUCCUCAAGGUAUUACUUUGGAAAAUGUACACAAUUUUAAAAUCGAAUACAUGCACUUUUACUCAACACAGACACAUUUUCAUUUAGACCUUCAAAGGACAUAUUUCACUGGUCAUCAUUAUACAUUUUGGUCUCUUUUACUGAACAUGUCACAUUUCCUUGAAUUUUAAUUAACUUCUCUUCAAAACAAUGAAAUCCACUUUAAUGGAAAAUGUAAUUAGUGAUUACUAAUUAAAAUAAUUUGUCCUUGUAAAGACACAUCUCAGUUCCCACAACACAGAAUCUUUGACCUGAAGCAAUGUGUUUUAAUUACAUUGAAAAUUGACUUAGUUGACACUUGACUUGUGUCGAAUAAAAUCAGAUGAAGUUAUCAACCAUUUCAAAUGAUACAUUUCAGA